AAGAUGAACGCUUCCAUGACAUUAUCUCCCUUUUCUUCAGCCAGGUACUGCUACUAGAAGACAUUUGACCGUACGGUAUGACGGUGUCAGACAUUACCUGCAAUGACCGCCCCUAAGAGAACAUGGCCCCUCUUGUCAGGGAGGUCGAGGCUGGUGCUUCUGGCUCCACUCUUCGUCAUAGCCAUCCUGGCAUGGUGGAUUGCCAGCAAGACUCUCCAGAACUACCAAAUGGCAAUCAAUCCUGACGUCCAGCUGGCUGAAGGGUCUAUGGGGCAAGAUUAUUCCCGUAAUCCACACGUCAAUGAUGAUACACAGCCAGGACCACAGGUCGGCAUUACUCUACAGACAGUAGCUGACACUGUACUGUGGACGAGCCCGAGGAAAGGAGAGAUCCCCCUGUACCGGAUACCUGUCCUGACCUACACUCCUGAGGGAAACCUGGUCGCCAUGGUGGAAGGGAGGAGAAAGCCAGAAGGAGACACACAUCCAAAGAUAUUUUCUGUGAGGAGAUCUACAGACAGAGGUGAUACAAGCUGUGAAAUGUGGUCACCUGCACAGCGGAUUUUGUAUGACAAAGGAAUAAGCUCGUAUCUAGGAACUGUUUUUGUUGACGACACAACUCGAACUGUCUUCCUGAUGUACGCGUAUUGCGAGUUCUGCCCGCUGAUAUCCAUGAUGCUGAUGAACAGUACAGAUGACGGCAUCACGUGGGGCAGGCCGAGAAAUAUCACUGACAUGGUAGGGAAGGAUUACGCUGCCUACCCAGGCCCAGGGUACGGCAUCCAGAAAAAGCAUGAGCCAGCUAAGGGCAGACUGGUUGUGUGCGGACACGGUUUCCACCAUGGGAAAGGCCUGGUGCUGCUGCUGAGUGAUGAUCACGGCAUGACGUGGAGACGUGGUGCCUUCGUGCCGAGUAUACCGUUCACUAACGGCACGGACGGAGACUUUGACCCUGACGAAUGCCAGCUGGUGGAGUUACCCGAUGGGUCCCUAUACGUGGUUGCCCGGAAUGAAAAGGUUUACAAACAGCACUGCAAGAUUGUCAUGCGGAGCUUUGAUGGUGGAGAAACGCUACCGCAGGAGCACACGUACUUGGACGGAGCGCUCAUAGAACCCAGGAUCACAUCAGGGCUGUGGUACCACGAUGGAACCUUGUUCUACUCAGGACCCAAACAUGACACAAAACGUCGGAACUUGUACAUCAGAUGGAGUUACGACCACGGGAAGACUUGGAGCUCAGAGAAACAGAUCUGGGCCGACUGGGCAGGCUACUCCACACUCAUGAUGCUCCCAGGUGACAAAAGUCAUCUCUACAUCAUGUAUGAAAGAGGAAAAACAGGCCCAGUGGAUGAAAUAGCUCUCACUAAAAUAAAGAUAUCCAUGGAGCAGGGUCGUGAGGAUACAUAAUGUGAUGUAAGAAUCACUAAAUAUGUAUGUACUGGCCAACUUGUACAGAUUCGUGUUGAUAUGUUUGAAAAACAAUAAAGAAACAGUUCGAGGGUAUUUUAGAUAUAUAGCCUUGGAGGGAAAAAGUCUCAGCAAAAACUCCCUUAAGACGUUUCACGACAUUUGCGUUACUGCUUUUAAGAAUACGUUGGGUUAUUGCUUAAUGAUUUAUGAUUGUCAGAACAAGAAGGAAAUGAACGGAUAUCAAUAAAACAUCUCCAU